UUCAAUCACCUUCCGCAAACACCCACACAAGCAACGCGACCUACUCCUCUUCUUGUCCCUCGUUCAUCGGAACUGUACUCUGAAGUUCCCCUCACGACCCGAUAAUAUUUGUCUUCUGCGAAGCGCAACUGCAGGUCCAACGCGGCUACCAAGUACCGGAAAACGAAGUUCUUCGCGAGACACAACGAGAAUCAAAUACCUCUUCGAACACAGGACUGUCCGAUCGUGGGCACUCCUUCUUCUAUCUGUCAAGCUGUUGCCCACCACGAUAGUUACGGAGGCAGUGGAGGGGGUCCGAAACUGAUUCUUCAGCGGUUCUGCCGCGCCCGCCGUCAAGAUGGUCCGCAUAACCAAGACUAUGCAGACGAAGCACUUGGAGUCCUUGUCACCAUGGAUCAAAGAGUUUCGAAAUGCUGCAUCCUCCAUUCCCUUACCCCUCUUACCACAAAAGCUCGCCACAUUCCCCUCCCGGUGGCCCUUCCCCAGAGGUGACCUAUACCACUGGAUUCCGCUCUUGAACCGAUUCGACGAAAUCUACGAACAGUUCGCCAAGAUAUACAAGCUCGAUGAGGGACCACAAACAGUAGAUUUUGCCUGCACGCUUCUUCUAUCUAAGGCUGGUGAAUCCGACGAGCAACAACAGAAUGGACACAAUCUUGAAAGCCUAGGCUUUUCACAAGAAGGUGAUAGAGAGCUGGUCGAGUCGAUAUUGAGCUUCACUGUGGUUCUGCUACAGAACUGUGGUAAUCGCAGCAUCUACGGGAGCAGUGCCAACUUGAAUCACUUCCUUAACAGCACCUCGCUGUCUCUGCUCGAGGGCACCCUACGAUUAGGCUCCGAGCUAGGACAGCGAUAUCAGGCAGCUUUGAAGCGUACAAAUAUUCCUGGUCGACAAAUUAGCCAUGCUAUGUUGAUCAAUCAUUACAACAUCGACCUCGAACGCGUACAGCAAUUAAGUUUGCCCUUCUCAAAGACUAUCACAACUGCAACUGAAUCUACCCAACCUACAACCCCUGCGACUCCAAGUGCGAAGGGCAAGGAAAAGGCAUAUUUCAGUAUCCCUACAACACCAAGCAAGGGUCCAAGUAUCACGGUCCAUGCAAAUGAUCUUGUAUCCAUGGUCAAGGGUGGUCCAGGCGUUGGGGGAACUCCGAAGAGUGCACGCAAUGGGGUCGAUGUUGCUGUCCAUCAAGAUUCGUGGGAGGACUGGGGUGAUGUCAAGAUCACAUAUUAUCCAAAGCCUGUCGCCGAAUCAGAGUCGACCAAUCAAGCUUUACGCCCUCCGAAUCCUUCCUCCCCUUCCGUGCCUGUCACUCCCACCCCAGUCCGACGUUCUUCCAACCUCGGACCUCAUGGUCAACGUGCAAACAGACAAUCUAUCUCUGAAGAUACUUCUCCAAGUCUGCCUAGGUCUUCAACAUUCCCUUCUGACGAUGCAACUCGCCCUAGUCAUAAGGUUAUUGAGAUUUCAGCCUCCACCCUGAAGUCAACAGGAAUCCAUACACUCUUAAGAGAACACGCACCUGGACUACCUCAGGAGCUUCAGUAUGAAUUGUUGACGAAGUUACGGGUCGCUUCUGCACUUACAUCCUCUGUGGAAACGAGACGUCAACUCUUGUCGGUCAGACUAUUGGCCAUCACCAAUCUGAGUUACAUCCAUCUUCUAGAGUCCACUUUCCUUGAGACUGUCAUGAAGCAGGAUUCUGAUGAGCCUCGUCGAAUGCAGCUUGUAUAUCAGCUCGCCGAAUUAGUUCAUCCUCCUCCUGAUGGUGAGAUCCCUGUACCGCGGCCCAUUCAGACACUUGCAUUUGCCUGCUUGGACGGAUUAUGCAAUCACCAGAGCAAGUUCACUGAUGUUUGUGCUGCACUGAACACAAAUGUCAAUCAUGGAGUUCUUCUCUAUGUUGUUCGGAAGGCUGUUGCGGGCAUGAACCAAGAAGACAAUGGCGAUAGGCUUGACGGAGAAGAUGAAUGGCGAGAAGCUCUCUUCUCUUUGCUCUCCAAUCUUGCUAUCAAUCCUCGCACAGGCAGCGAGAUGGUCACUGCUGGCUUGAUCCCUAUCUUGGUGGAAGUCCUAACAUUACGAAGCUCGAUUGCUGAACGCUAUCACCCAAUGAUUUUGACGUUCCUCGAUGCUAUCAUGUACAGCACUCGGGACGCUUUUCAGACUCUCGUUAGCGCCGAAGGCCUUGAUACCGUUUCUAACUUAAUCGUCUACGAAGUGAACAGUGCAAAGGCUAACGCCGCAGCUGGCAAAGGCAUGAGACCAGAGUAUCGUUCAGGAUCAGUCGAUUAUCAAAUCCCCUUCUUUCAGCAGCAAACUCUCAAGUGGCUUUUCAAAUUCAUUCAUCACAUGAUGUCGUCCGCAGGAGUUUAUGGUGGAAACUUCGAUCGAUUACUUCGAAAUCUGAUUGAUUCCUCUCAAUUGCUUGGUAGUCUCCGCCAAAUCAUUGGGGAUGCCCGUUGCUUCGGAUCCAAUGUUUGGACAAAUGCCGUCAGUAUCCUCAACGACUUCAUCAACAACGAGCCAACUAGCUUUGCGGUCAUUGCUGAAGCUGGCUUAAGCAGGGGUCUUCUAGAAGCAAUUACUGGCAGACCUGUUGUUAUGCCAGUUGACGGACCCAAGGAAGAGACACGCCCAGAGCCCGUUAACACAGAUGAUGAUGAACGCUCUCCAAGCCCUCCAUCAGAUCGAGAUGACAGUGAGGACGAGCGCUAUAAUUUACAUGAUCUGUCUAGUAUCGAACUGCCCCGCAAUGGUCCAUUGGCUCGCGGCAUCCUACCAACAUCCGAGAGCAUCAAUAUCAUCCCUCAAGCAUUCGGCGCCAUUUGUCUCAACAAUGCCGGUAUGAAGAUGUUCCAAGCUUCUCAUGCGCUCGAGACUUUCUUUGAAAUAUUUGAGAGUCCAGAGCAUGUCAAGUGCAUGGAGUCGAUCAAGGACCUGCCUUCAAAUCUUGGGAGCACUUUCGACGAGUUGGUCCGUCACCAUCCCCCACUCAAGGAGGCCAUCAUGACUGCGAUCCUUAACAUGGUUGCACGCGUUGACCAGUUGUGUAUGAACAUGGCCCACCGAGAAAAUCUCGGUGCUAAAUUAUGGGCAACCGACUCAUCAGGCAAAGUCGUGGUUGCUGACAAGGAAAUGAAGGUUUCUCUCGUCGACAGAUCAGUGAAGGGUAAGGGAAAGGCAGUCGAUGAUAGUGAUGUUGAGAUGGUAGAUGCAGAUUUACCUUCCACAGACGCUCACUCAAACCAAACCACUUCUAGUGACGGCUCAUCCAAGGCAUCUACCACGCCCUACAUCGCAGCUGUCUCGACUUUCCUGUCAGGCAUGUUCAGCAACUCAACGGUGCGCUCAGAGUUCGUUGGUAAGGGUGGACUCGAAUAUGUCCUGAGCCUAGCUGCUUCGAGAUCAUUACCAUACGACUUUGCAGAUUCGAAUGCCAGUCGUAGCGUACACCAAGUCAUUGCUCAACUUGCUGAGACAAAGGCACAUCUCGUUCUGCCUUCUCUACUCAAGAAAGCCCAGCAAGCUGCCGAUAUCUUGCAACCAUUUGCUUCUUUUGAUGGCAACGUUCCAUUCUUUGAACCAUUUGUCAAGCCCGAUGCCGCUCAAUCUGGCGAUGUUGAGUUUUUGGCAAAGGGCACGGACUUUGCCAAGGCCUUCGUCAAUUUACACUCUCUGGUCGCUUCAAUCAACACCUGCUUCCAAGCUUCCGUCUACAAUCACCGCAGCGCUACUAGCAUCUUCACCAUGACGAAUGUGAACGACUACUAUAUUAAAUUAGUACGGAGCCUCGGACCUUUAUUGGGUGCUUCACUCAAGGAAGAAAUGCGCCUCCAGAUGUCUGUACCAGACCAAUGGAAGGACGAGGCUCGAGUCAAGGACCCUCUCCCUACUGAAACUGGUGCCUCCGAGCCGAUUUCAAGUGCAGAGCAACCGCCAGUAACUCUAGGUUCAUCUGCCCAGAAUAAUCCGAAUAAUCUUGGUGAGACUGUUCCACUUUCCGAGGGCGAUGUCUCUCAAUCGCCAAACAGCAAGAAGUCCAUAUCCAAGCCAGAGCAAGAUACUCCUGCUUUCAAGAACUAUCAGACCUUGCGAUACCUGCUAGCAAAGAUGCCUCGUACCGUCCAGCCCCUGUUUCAGACUCUGGGCAAGGCAGUGGUUACCAAGCGUAAUCCUGACCAUUUUCAGAAGCAGUAUCAUUUUGCGCUGGCAGAUGCAUUGGUCGAGAGUAUUCUUAGUCAAUUCGUUGGGUUUGGGGAAGCAUCGUCUGUCGACAAUUUCGACUACUGGCGUGGACUACUUAACAUUCUCAAUUCCAUGCUAAUUGAUGAAUCUCGUCAGAACGACAGACCCGUACAGACUAUCACUCUAAUUGUGCAAUCCUUCAAGGACCAUGGUGGCUUGAAGACACUGAAUGACAUGUUAAAGGUCUUCGCGGCUACAAUCCAGUCUGCACCCACAUCUCUCGCGGAAUCCCUGGAUAAGUCUGCAGCCGCAUAUCUGAAGCUGGAGUUCGCCACCGCUGGAGUUAAGCAAAUCCUCAAAAUUUACAGCCAAUUGGUAAAUGGAAAGAAUGUCACUGAGGCUGUUCAGACCAUUGGAUUAACUUCUCGGUCGGAUAGAGAGCGAGGCCGACCGGAUCAUUUCUCUCCCGGCCAAUUGAUAGUCGAGUUGCGCAUGGCUAUCUUACCUGUUGUUCGCCAGUUGUGGGGAUCUGAUCUCAUCGAGAAGGGCGAUAGUCAAAUCUCCGAAAAGCUCAUCGAUGUGAUCCGACUCAUUGCUGCUGCAGAUUGCGAAGCUGGAGCUGUGAAGCGUACAGACAAGGGCAUCAAAUCCGUACCUGCUGUAAGAAAGACCUUCAAGCCCAGUACUGAUGGCCUUGCUUCUUUGACUGAAGACUUCCUGCCGGACCUUGCGGAGGAGGCAUUAUAUCGCUGCAAUAACAACGAAAACUCCGCAAUUGAGUAUUGUAGGUUGAUCUUGCACAAUGGCGCCUUCUCGCGCAAUCCAAUCCCCGACGGAGACAUCGCUCCUUCGCCUGAAUCAACAGCACUACCGAGCCUCCAGUCAAUGGUUGGGUCACUUGCAAACCCUUCGCGAUCUACAGGUGCAUCAACACCAGCUGAGGAUCAUGCUAUGGGUGGCACAACAGCUGGAUCAGAUGCUCACGCUACUGUUGAACAAACUGCGUCCAGUUUCCUGGAACCCUUUAGUGACAUGGCAGAAGAUUCCAACGGCAUUGGUGAGGACAAUGAUGCUUUCCACGCAUUUUUGAAUACACUUCAUAGCAAUGACCCUGCGGCUGGAACCUCACCACCCCCACCGGAGGAGACACCUCGCAAACAGGUCACCAUCGAAGAUCUCAACGAGGAACGCGAGGCUGUGAGAGACAAUCUAAUCGAUAAAUGUCUGGAUGCUAUCAAUGCCCACGGAGAAGUGACUUUCGAGGUUGCAGAUCUCAUCACUAUGGUGGUUAAUAAAUCGAGCGACCCAGCAGGUCAACGCAAGGUUGUUGGCGAGACUUUGGUGAUUGCCCUAAUGUCAUUUGCAGGAGAGGAAGAUCUUCGAACAUGCGGCAAGAAGGUCGCUGCUUACGCUCAUCUUCUUGCAUUGAUGCUUCGAGACAAGCUCUUCUAUGCCGCUGCAGUCUCGGAAUUGAAGGAAAACUUGAGCACUUUACUCAGCUUUGUCAAAUUGUCCCCCAACCAUUCUGCCGACGAGCCAUCUCCCUGGAUUGCACAUAUCUUACUGAUUAUUGAGAUGCUUCUCAGCGAGGACGAAAAACCACAGAAGACUAAGUGGACUAUUCCCAAGGAUGACAAUGACACUGUCGAACCACCUAUCCUGGAGGUUUCUGACCCAACUGUGUCAAAGGAUGAGCGUUCUCAACUACUAGACGCAAUUCUUGACAUUUUGCCACGCAUUGGUAAGGACGAGUCUCUUGCAUUGGCCGUCCUACGCAUCUUAGUCAUUCUGACACGCACUCGUGCUGUGGCCCAAGCCAUCAGUGACAAGAAGAACAUCCAGCGAGUCUUCGUCAUGGCCAAGCAGUUGGCAGGAGCUAGCUCCACUCGCAUUCAGGGUCCAUUAAUGUUGAUAUUGCGUCACAUUAUUGAGGACGACGAGACCAUCAAGCAAAUCAUGCGCGCCGAGAUCAAGUCUUUUCUGGAAAACAAUCGCCAACAACGCAACAUCGAUGAGAAGCACUAUAUCCGUGGUCUUGCACAUGUUGCGGUUCGAAACCCAGAGCUCUUCGUCGAAGUCACAAAUGAGAUGGUCAAAUUCAAUCGUUGGACCUACCCAUCAGCUGAUGGGCAAAGUCGACAUCACUCUCUCAUGUUGAAGGAGGCACAAUCGGAUGCUUCGCGGACUUCUGAAGAUGCUGUACAGCCAACUGUUCAAGCUACAGAAGACUUGACGAUCCAAGAUAUCAAGCCUUCUACCGAAGGUCCUGACAGCGAGAUGCCAGAUGCCGCAAAGCCAGCAGUCGUCGAUCACAAGUUACCUGUCAUUGAAAACCCCGAUGGCGUCAUUCAUUUCCUGCUCUGCGAGUUGCUCAACUACAGAGAUGUUGAGGAUAAGGAUCCUUCGGUUGCUAUCAAUACUGCCGAGAAGAACGGUGUGCAGAGCAAUGGUGAUACUGCCAUGGGCGAGACAUCUCCAUCUACCGAUUCCACCACGAAGGAUCCCAAGACUGCUAAGCCUGCGACGAAGCAAGAAUUCAAGGCCGAAGAACACCCGAUUUACAUCUACCGAUGCUUCAUUCUUCAGUGUCUUACAGAGUUACUUGCGUCAUACAACAGGACCAAGAUCGAGUUCAUCAACUUCAAGCGCAGUGCUCCUCCACAAGCCAUGACACCUUCCAAGCCGCGAUCAAGCGUUGUUAAUUAUCUGCUGUUUGACCUGAUUCCCGUCGGAACUCUCGACCACGCGGAAACUACUUCUAUGCGCAAGAAGAUGAUCACUUCUGCAUGGGCGGACUCCGUCUUGACUGCCCUCUUGUGCAAGACUGGGGAGCAGCCGAUUGAGAAGGACAGAGAACCAUACAACAGCGACACUGAACCAGAUCUCCUUUUCGUUCGUCGUUUUGUCUUGGAAAACAUCCUCAAGGCAUACAAGGAAGCAAGCACGUCUACUGAGAAUCUAGACAUCAAGUACGCUCGCAUGCUUGCUCUUGCUGAUCUCAUGAAUCACAUUAUGAAUGGCAAGGAGAAUGUUGGCAUGUCAGAUACUGCCGUUGCAGCUACAUCUCAGAAGCAGCUUCGCCGCAUCAUGUUCGAGAAAGGCUACGUUGCUGCUCUCACUGCAUCUAUCGCAGACAUUGACCUUAACUUCCCAAGUGCCAAGCGUGCUGUCAAGUACAUUCUCCGCCCUCUUAAGACUCUCACUACUACUGCUGUGAAUCUCAGCGAUCUCGCCCUCAUCUCAGAUACAACUGGUCAAGACGAAGAGGAGAUUGAAUCCGCAACCUCUCUGUCUGAGCCAGAAGAUGACCGCGAGGAGACUCCUGAUCUUUUCCGUAACUCCACUCUAGGCAUGUUCGAGCAGGGCCGUGAGGAAGAUUCAUCUUCUGGCGAUGACGAAGAUGACGAUGAUGAAGAGAUGUACGAACAAGAGUACGAUGAUGAGAUGGACUAUGAGGAAGAGCCGGGAGAUGAUGAGGACGGUAUCAGCGAUGAAGAUGAAGAAAUCGAGGGUAUGGGUCCCAUCGAAGGCCUUUCUGGCGAUCAUAACCUAGACGUUGAAGUCAUUAUGGGCGAUGAUGACGAUGAUGAGGACGACGAUGACUCAAACAGCGAUGACGAUGAGGAGCACGAUUCUGAAGAUGACGAUGCUCACGUCGAGAUCAUCGAUGAAGCCGGAAACGUUCAACAACUUGCCGAAGAUGACGAAAUGGGCGAGUGGGAAAGCGCCGAUGGUGACGACGAUGAUGGAGAGGAAGAAGAUUACGAAGGCCAAGCUGCUGAUCAAGAAGAGGAGCAAUUGCACGCCAUGGAAGCUAUGGGUGGCCCGUUGGGUCAUCUUGUCCGUGCUCUUGGUGGUAAUGAUGAUGCUGCUCAAGAUAUCCUCGAACGCAUGGAGGCUGAGGGUGUUGAUAUGGAUGAGGGUGACGACGAUGAACGUGUCGCCGGCGAGUAUGUAGAGGAUGGUGACGAAGAAGAGGAUGAAGACGAUGAUGAUGAGAUGGAUGAUGAGGAUAUGCUCUUCGACCAAUAUCCAAUGGAUGGUCCUGGGUUCGAUGGUGGAUGGCAGGAAGAUGUCGAACCACCCACAGUCGUCCAUCAACGUCGUCGUGGCGGCGGCUUUUCCCCAUUUCCUUCAUUGUUCCCUGGCGGUCCUCGUGACCCGCUAGGUGGUAGGUUGCCCCUCUCACAGUUAUCGCGCAUGAUCGACGAAGAUGAAGACGAUUUGCGUAUUCGCGAGGUCUUGAUGCCGAAUGACGGUUCAGUCAACGCACAGGCAGCACUUGUUUUUCUUGAUCGAGUCGAAGCUAGACUCUCUCGUGCAGUAGGAAGCAGAACUAAUGAUCCACUUGCAGUGCCAGACUAUCGUUCUUCCAGGCUGUAUCGAUCAAAUCCACCCGGUGGAGCAGCCCCUCGAGCUGCAGACGAAGGAAUCAACCCCCUUCUUCAACGAAACGGUGCAGCAAGCCGAGACGGCCCUGGUCGCACACCUGCUGUAGGUAGCUGGAUCCAGGCUAUGGGAGGACCAGGCGAGAUAUUAGAUAUUGGUCUUGGACGCCCCUUCGGUGAGCCCGCAACAAGAGCCAUUCUGGAUGAAGUAAUGAGAUCCUUACCGCCUCUUCCAGGUCACAUUGCACGCCAUGGACAUGCCCUCCAAUUUCACAUUACCACCAGCCCUGGUCACCAAUUGCCACCUGAUCUUCAAGCAAUGUUCAACAUGCGACCAUCUCGAUUCGAGCCUCGACGUGACAAUACCGAAUCUGGUAGCGUUGCAUCUUUCACACCACAGUCUACUGCAGCACGAUGGCUAGAGGAGUCGAAGCUUCUCUUUGGCGCCAGUGCACUUGAGCGAGCUGCUGAUCUCACAACAGCUAUUCUAUCACUACUUGUCCCGCCAGCUAUUGAAGCCGACAAGGCACUCAAGGCAGCAGAGGCCGAGAAAGUCCGUAAGUUGGAGGAGCAACUAAAGAAGAAGCAGGAAGAAGAACGCGUUGCUCGUGAGAAGAAGGAAGAAGAGGAGAGAAUUGCGAGAGAAAAGAAGGAGGCUGAAGAGCGCGAAGCAGCUGAGAGAGCCGCAGCCGAAGCACUUGCAGCACGAGGGGAGGAUGCUGAAGCUGCCGAGGAUGACGAAGACGAGGCUGUCGAGCCAACAUCUGAUGCUAUGGACGGUGUUGAGACUGAGACUCCUGCCCCAGCCGGCGAACAAACUGAAGAGUCAGCUGCAGACCGAGCUCGAAUCAUGACCAUGAUGCGUGGCAUUCCUUUCGAUAUCACGGAUCUAGGCAUCGACCCUGACUUCCUUACCGAGUUGCCAGAGGAUCUUCGUGAAGAAGUUAUCAUGUCUGCAGUCGCUGAUCGACGACAAGCUGCUGCUGCAACUGGUGCACAGCCUUCGGAAAUCGAUCAGGAAUUCCUUGAUGCUUUGCCUGACGACAUUCGAGACGAGAUCAUUCAGCAGGAGAGACAAGAACGACGACGACGUGAGCGCGAAGAACGACAACGUCAAGCUGCUGCCGCUAGCGGUGGAGCUGCUUCAGCAGAAAUGGACGCAGCCUCAAUUCUAGCCACACUGCCUCCCGCUCUGCGAAGCCAAGUCCUCAUGGAACAAGAUGAGGAGACCUUGGCCCUAUUACCUCCAGAGCUUGCAGACCAAGCACGUGCUGAAUUAAGAAAUCAUCCUGCUCAUGGAAGAAUGCCUGGCUUUGCCACACGACGAGUUGCUCCCCCAGCUGGUGACGCCGUUCCAGUCAACGCUCAGAGACCUCCUCGUCGUGCGAUUGUACAAAUGCUUGAUAAGCCUGGUGUUGCAACUCUGCUGCGCCUUAUGUUCAUCUUCCAGCAUGGUAGCCUUCGAACCACUCUCAACUCAGUCUUGCAGAACGUCUCGCUGAAUCGACAUAACCGAAACGAGGUCUUGAGCACUCUUCUCCAUAUCCUUCAAGAUGGCAGUAUCGAUAUGUCUGCUGUUGAUAGAAGCUUCGCUCAUCUAUCUCUAAAGGCCAAGCAGCCCAAGGAUGCCCAACCAAAGACCCCACAACCUCUAAAGAAGGCACUUACUGGAUUGGGUCCUUUGACCACCACAACUCUUGAGGCUUCGCCCUUGAUGGUUGUCCAACAAUGCUUGUCUACCUUGGUAUAUCUCAACCAAGUCAAUCCACAUAUCCCUGCGUUCUUCUUGACCGAGCACGACAGUUCUGGUGGCCUGAAGCGUACUUUAAGUCGCAAGGGCAAGAGCAAGGAAAGCAAGGCUGCCAAGUAUGCACUCAACUCCUUGUUGAGUCUGUUAGGUCGUGACCUUAUUAUGGAGAGCUCGACUGUGAUGGAGACCCUUUCGUCAUUGCUCAACAUGGUCACGUCACCUCUGCAAGCCUUACAACGAAAGCAAAAGGAGGCUGAAGAAGAGCAAAAGACCGAGACUGUCAAUGCCACUCCCUCAGUUACCGACACUGCUCCCUCGGCAACUUCACCAGAGGCUACAGCAACCGAGCAGCCAUCGGCCCCUCAGCUAGAGACUGCGGCUUCAGAAGUGACUCCUACUGCUGACCAAACUCCCGCGCAACCCUUAACGAUCGCUGAAGGUGGCGAGCCAUCGACAUCCAACGAUGCACCAAAGCCGGAGGCAACAAAGGAACAAGAAAAGAAGCAGCGCCCAAUUACACCACCUGUCAUUCCUGAGCAGAACUUGAAGCUUGUCAUCAACAUCUUCGUCGCUCGAGAAUGUUCCUCCAAGACAUUCCGUGAGACUUUGUCAACCAUCAAGAACUUGUCCACCAUUCCAAAUGCAAAGGCUGUCUUCGGCCGAGAACUAAUCUCGAAGGCACAAGAGCUUGGUGAAAUCAUCUUGGUUGACCUCGAAGAACUUCUCCCACAAAUCAAGAAGGCUUCAACAGGUACCGAGAUUCAAGGUGUCGCAUUGGCCAAGUUCUCUCCAGGUGGAUCUGACCAGAACAAGCUUCUACGAGUCUUAACCGCACUUGAUCAUCUCUUCGACCCCAAGCGUGAGAAGAAGGAUACACCCGAAUCUGAAGACCAAGCAGCAUCGUCGCAACUAGUCGAGAAGCAAGACCUCCUCUCUUCACUGUACGAGAACCCAACCUUCGGUCGCAUGUGGGAGAGAUUGAGUGCUUGUCUCAGUGCCAUCAGACAACGUGAGCACAUGCUCAAUGUUGCAACCAUUCUCCUGCCACUUAUCGAGGCAUUGAUGGUUGUAUGCAAGAACACAACUCUGAAGGAUGCUCCUUUGGCCAAGUCACAGAUGGGCAAGGAAAUGAUGCUUACCAGUCCUCCUCCUGAGUCGCAGAUGGAGAACCUCUUCUUUACUUUCACUGAGGAACAUCGCAAGAUCUUGAACGACUUGGUACGACAAACACCAAAGCUCAUGUCGGGUACCUUCUCCCUCUUGGUCAAGAAUCCCAAGGUCCUUGAGUUUGACAACAAGCGAAACUACUUCAGCAGAAGCAUCCAUUCCAAAGCCCCCAAUAGCCGACAAUCUUUCCCACCUCUUCAAUUGUCUGUUCGCCGAGACCAGGUUUUCCACGAUUCCUUCAAGUCUCUUUACUUCCAAACCGGCGAUCAAAUGAAGUAUGGCAAAUUGAGCAUUCGUUUCCAUGGCGAAGAGGGUGUCGAUGCUGGUGGUGUCACUCGUGAAUGGUUCCAGGUUCUCUCUCGACAGAUGUUUGAUCCAGGUUAUGCCCUGUUCAUUCCUGUGUCUUCUGACCGAACCACCUUCCACCCCAACCAAUUGAGCAGCGUCAACGAGGAGCAUCUCAUGUUCUUCAAGUUCAUUGGUCGUAUCAUCGGCAAGGCUCUUUACGAGGGUCGUGUUCUGGACUGCCAUUUCAGUCGUGCUGUGUACAAGCGAAUCCUCGGCAAGGCUGUCUCCGUCAAGGACAUGGAAUCGCUCGAUCCAGAUUACUACAAGUCCCUUAUUUGGAUGCUCGAGAACGACAUCACUGAUAUCAUCACCGAGACAUUCUCUGUUGAUAAUGAUAAGUUUGGUGUUGUUGAGACCAUUGAUUUCAUUCCUGAUGGUCGCAACAUUCCCGUCACUGAGGAAAACAAGCAAGAAUAUGUGCGCUUGAUGGUUGAGUGGAAGCUCACUGGAUCUGUGAAAGAGCAACUGGAUGAGUUCUUGAAGGGUUUCCAUGACAUCAUUCCCGCCCCUCUCGUUGCAAUCUUCAACGAACAAGAACUGGAGUUGUUGAUCUCUGGUCUCCCUGAGAUCGAUGUUGAUGACUGGAAGAGCAAUACCGAAUACCACAAUUACUCUGCCUCCUCACCUCAAAUCCAAUGGUUCUGGCGAGCUGUUCGAUCCUACGACAAGGAGGAACGUGCCAAGCUGCUGCAGUUCGUUACUGGAACCAGCAAGGUACCUCUCAACGGCUUUAAGGAGCUUGAGGGCAUGAACGGCUUCAGUCGAUUCAACAUUCACCGUGAUUACGGCAACAAGGAUAGACUUCCAAGCUCGCAUACAUGCUUCAACCAACUUGACCUUCCCGAGUAUGAAAGCUACGAGGCACUUCGUCAACAAGUCCUCACAGCCAUUACUGCUGGAAGCGAGUACUUUGGUUUUGCAUAG